AUGCAGAAUUUCUGCAUUUGUAUUGCUGAAAUUCUCGUUUGCGUAAGCUCUGUCAUAGAGCACCGGGGUGCCAACCGUAGUUCAGUAUCCUUAGUAUCCUUCCCUUAUCAUACCUCAACCAUCGCCACAUCGACAGUUUCUCAAUUUGACCUCAUCAACUGCACCGAUCUGGGUAUCCGCCUCGCUCUUCCCAAAAAGCUGCCACAAAAGUCUUCUCAGAUCGAUUAG